GGUCAUUUCCCAACGAUCCCCAAUCUCCAUAUCCGCCGGCGUCGUCUAUUCAAAUCGCCAUCUCAUCUUGGAAGGUUCUACACCGCCACUCAUUUCAUCACAGCUAUCUGAUUUUGUUACUGCUAAUUGGGGAGACAUUUUCAAAUUCAGAAUUAUUGACAUUGAUCACCAUCUUAUCCUGAAUCAGACACCAUGAAUUCUGUUGCAUCACUAUACAGAAGAUUAAGCAUCAGGGAUCUGAUCUCCAGCACUCCUGUUUACAACUCCGCCACUGAGGGAUUGAGUCUGGUGCUGAGGCGAUGGGCUAGCAAGAAAACGGCAGGAUCCACUAAAAAUGGCCGUGACUCGUUGCCCAAGAAUCUCGGGGUCAAAAAGUUUGGUGGAGAGAGAGUGAUACCCGGGAACAUCAUUGUUCGUCAAAGGGGUACACGUUUCCAUCCAGGAAACUACGUUGGCAUGGGUAGAGAUCACACCCUCUACGCCUUGAAGGAAGGUUGCGUGAAGUUUGAGCGCAACAAGCUUACUGGGCGCAAGUGGAUUCAUGUUGAGCCGAAGGAAGGCCAUGAGCUGCAUCCAGUUUAUGCAAAGAUGAGCGACAUUGAUGCUGCGACGAACACGGCAGCUUAGCUCAGGUUGUGUUCACCAUGGUAAUGCAGGCAAGCUUCGUCUUCUUUGGCGGAAAUAGGCUGCUAACAUUUUGAAAGCUUAAGCAAGUUUCGAUUUUUGAUUGUUUAGAUGUAAAAUGUUGUCAAUGACAGCAGAACUUGACUGAUAUGCUUAAUAGGGUGUGAUAUUGUCUCAGUUGAAAUAACACACUUUGCAAUAGUGAGAUUUAUUGUGUUGGUAGUGCA